AUGAAUCGUGUCAGUCAACAUCAGGAUUAUCUCUAUAGAAGUGUCACUGGAAAUAAUGCUGCACAUCCACUUCUAUCUCAUAUUGAUGAUUGGGAACAAUCAUCGAUUAGAAAGAUUCAAGAAGUAGCAGAAAAAGCUAGAAAUGAUCUAGCAAGAUAUAUAAAUGACAUGAAAUCUCAAUUAAAACAAUCACUUCUGAAAUUAAAAGGUGAGUUAGAAACAGGUCGUGAAGCCGAUGAUUAUACUGAAAUAGAAUUGACGGAUUGGAUGGAACAAUUGGAAAAACUUCGACGAAUGUUUGAGAACCCACCGGCUAUUGAGAUUGUUGAUGAUCAAGCACAACCACUCAUCCGUGUCAUUCAACGAAAAGGUUUCGAAACAAAAAAGAUAUCAGACACACAUGUUGCUUCAGCUUUAUCGAAAACUACCAGUACCAUCGUCAGUGCAAGUUUUAUAACUAAAGAAGUACCAACGAAAUUGGACACAACAGCAAAUUACAAUAAAAAAUCAGGUAUAUUAAUACAAAAUUAUAGUCAAAAUAAUAGUCAAAAGUUGAUGUUCACAAUAGUUUUUACUUAA